AAUAUAAAGACAGUCAUGUUUAAAUGCAAUUUUUUAUUAGUGGUGUUCCUUAUUCUCCAUUGGAGUGUUGAAUGCAAAAGUUUUUUAGUGCCACAAUCAAAUGAUAAUGAAGCAACUUUGUCGACAAGAAAGACAUCAAGUAAAUCAAAUGAAAAGGUCAAAGCAGAAUCUACCAUUUUGAAUAAAGCCCAAGCAGUGGAAUAUGGAGAAAGUAAAAAUGCUAACUCAAAGAAUCUGCCUACUAUGAUGACAGCAAAAUGUGAUGCUUGUCCAGAGGGUAUUUCAUGUGUGCCACAAAUACAAUGUCCAGCUCAUGUGCGUAUGGAAGAACAUGCCAAACCGCAGGUCUGUGAUUUACCAGGUGGUAAUUUUGGUUUUUGCUGUUUUACUGGGCAAAAUCAUACAGAUUUAAAUUCCAAAAAGUUUCGAGUGCACGGUUUUUCAUUUCUGCCACCAUCGGUGAUAGAGGAAGCCCAUAUUAGAUUUGAGAAUUUAAUGCAUAGAACAGGAUUGAUUCCUGUCACGCCAGGUCAACCGGAAUUUGCACAUAAUAUGGUCUUUCAUUCCUCUCAGCAUGAGGAUCUACAAAAUUUCCAAUUGAGUAACAUGGCCAUGGAGCAAAUUAUAACAACGCAGGUCUUCAAGGAAAUGGAGCACAUUCCUUUGGAUGAUAUCAUUACCAACAACAUCGAUGUGGACUUUAUGCAAACUCCUUUGGAGCAACUAUGCCAUCCUCCUCGUCCUUGCCUAAAUCCACGUGCCAAAUAUCGUUCUUUUGAUGGCAACUGUAAUAAUGUUCUGCCCCAUCGUUCCCAUUGGGGUGCUGCUGGUCAGCCCAUGGAACGUUUAUUGCCACCGGCCUAUGAGGAUGGUAUUUGGACUCCCAGAAUACAUGCCAAAGAUGGUUCAUUGCUGACAGGAGCAAGGGAAAUUUCCCGAAUAUUGUUGGGCGAUGCAGACAGACCACAUCCUGUGUAUAAUUUGUUUCUAAUGCAGUUUGGUCAAUUCAUAGCACAUGAUGUGACCCAAUCGGCCACAGUGAGAUUGGAAAGUGGACAAUCUGUACAGUGUUGCACUGAAAACAAUGCCGAUGUUCUACCGCCCCAUCAACGCCAUUUUGCUUGCAUGCCCAUACCCGUAGAGAUGAAUGAUGAAUUCUAUGCUCACUUUGGCAUACGCUGCAUGAACUUUGUUCGUUUGUCCUUGGCUCCCAAUACCGACUGUCGUGCUGGCUACGGCAAGCAACGCAGUAAAGUCACUCAUUUCUUAGAUGGCUCAGCGAUAUAUGGAUCCAGUGUGGAAACGGCCAGAGAAUUGCGUUUGUUUAGGGGUGGAAAGUUGCGUAUGUUUAAUGAUUUUGGCCGAGAUAUGUUGCCUUUAACCACGGAUAAAGGGGCUUGUGGAAAUGAUGAUCCUUCAGCAACUUGCUUUAAAUCAGGUGAUGGCCGCACAAAUCAAAUCAUAUCGUUGAUUGCUCUUCACCUCAUAUUUGCCCGGGAACACAAUCGUAUUGCUGAAAUUCUAAGCCAAAUCAACCCGCAUGCCUCAGACGAGACACUCUAUCAGGAGGCCAGGCGUAUUGUUGUUGCCGAACUGCAACAUAUCACCUACAACGAGUAUUUGCCAGCGGUGAUAGGACCCAUGCAAAUGAAACGCUUUCGUUUGGUUCCUCAACAUCAUGGCUAUAGCAGUGAUUACAACAAUGAAAUAAAUCCGGCCAUAACAAAUGCAUUCUCGGGUGCCGCAUUUCGUAUGGGCCACUCCAGUGUUGCGGGGAAAUUUCACAUGCCUGGGGGGCCCAGUCAUGUGGAGGAGAUAAUCAAUAUACCUGAUGUUAUGUUCAAUCCCUCACGCAUGAGGAUGCGUACGUUUUUCGAUGAUAUGUUGGUCACAAUGUUGCAUCAACCCAUGCAGCAGGUGGAUAGUGCCAUAACACAUGGGCUCAGUCGCUUUCUGUUUCGUGGAAACAAUCCCUUUGGCUUGGACUUAGCUGCUUUUAAUAUACAACGUGGCCGAGAUCAAGGACUACGUAGUUAUAACGACUACUUGGAGGUCAUGGGUAAUCGCAGGAUACAUAGUUUCAAUCAGUUGCCGCCUGAGAUUGGCCGUAAACUUUCCCAAGUCUAUCAUCAUCCCGAUGAUGUAGACCUAUGGAUUGGAGGUCUUCUGGAGAAACCUAUAGAGGGUGGCAUUGUGGGAGCUACACUUGCCGAAAUAAUUGCUGAUCAGUUUUCACGUUUCAAGGUGGGCGAUCGUUAUUUCUAUGAGUACAACAGAAAGAUAAAUCCGGGCGCAUUUACAAUGGAUCAAUUGCAUGAGAUACGCAAGGUGACUAUGGCACGUUUGAUAUGUGAUAAUGCAGAUCAUAUGACACUGCAAGCAGUGCCGCCGGCAGCUUUUAGGAGAGCCGAUUUGGAAGGAAAUUCCCCUAUUAGAUGUGAUAGACCGGAAAUACCAGUUAUGAAUAUGGAAGCUUGGCGUUUUUAAUGUAAUGUUAAAAAACAAAAAUAAAUAGAAAACUAGAGUUUAAUGUAAAA